AUGAUCCGUCCGAGGUUACGGUCACUGGGCUUCGGCGCCCCGACUGUGGCCAGCAAGUCCAUUGUCUCCAGCGUCUGCUCGAGGCGGAGUUUCCACAGCGUGCCCAAACUGAGGCACGACUAUGCCGAGACGGGUGUGCCGAACCUGAUGAGCCCGGCUGGGUUCUCGAUCGCAUGGACGGACUACAUGACCCUGGUGACAGAGAAGCUCAAUGAGCUGACGGCAGGCACCGAGCUGGAAGGCAAGGACGCCAAGAGCGUCUCCCUCAUGACCGCCCGCGAACCUGGCAAAGCCCGCGAAUUCAACUGGGCCUCCAUGGCGCACAACAACCACUUCUUCUUUGACGGCAUCACGCCCAAUCCGACGCCCAUCUCGGAACCCAUGAAGAAGGAGCUCGAGGCCUGCUUUUCCUCCAUGGAGACCCUGCGCCGCGAGUUCGUCCUGACCGCAAACUCCAUGUUCGGACCCGGGUUUGUCUGGCUCGUCCAGGCCGGCGCGGGCACGUACCGCCUGCUGCCGACAUAUCUCGCCGGCUCGCCGUACCCCGGCGCCCACUGGCGUGCGCAGUCGCAGGACAUGAACACGCUUGGGAACAGGGGCACAGCGACGUCGUAUCUGCGCAACACAGCCUUUGGCGGACGGGCCCAGAGUGCGAAGAAGGACGACCUGCCACCGGGCGGCAUCGACGUCACGCCGCUCCUGUGCCUGAAUACGUGGGAGCACACCUGGCUGCUCGACUGGGGCGUUGGAAAGGGCGGCGCCGGCGGCAAGUUGGCGUACGCCGAGUCGUGGUGGGAGAUGAUUGACUGGCAACAUGUUGAACAGAAGGCGCAGCUUACCAGGCCGGCUUUCAGGUAA